CCGGGCCGGGGGUUGACGGGCGAGGCGUUCGAGGGACACCGCGGCCUGAGGGACUCGGGCAGGGCGGGAGCGGGGUGGUUCGCUGGGCUCUCCUUCCAGCCCCCGCAAUGAGAAGGGCCCUUCACGGAACCGGGUGAAUGGUAGUGUCUAGAAAGGGUAUGUCCCUUCAAGAGAGAGGUGCCAAUGUCCAACCGGCCUAAUAACAAUCCAGGGGGGUCACUGCGACGUUCACAGAGGAACACUGCCGGGGCCCAACCACAAGACGACUCGAUAGGAGGAAGGUCACAUUUAGGGCAGGCAAAACAUAAGGGAUAUAGCCCUCCUGAGAGUAGAAAAUCUAAUUCUAAGGCACCCAAAGUGCAGUCUAAUACUACUUCUGAACUGUCAAGGGGACACCUUUCUAAAAGAAGCUGCACUUCUUCAUCUGCUGUCCUAGUUCCACAACCAGAGGAUCCAGACAGAGCCAACACUUCAGAAAGGCAAAAAACGGGGCAGGUGCCUAAGAAGGACAAUUCUCGAGGAGUGAAGCGCAGUGCUAGUCCAGAAUACAACAGGACCAAUUCUCCUAGCUCUGCAAAAAAACCAAAAGCACUUCAGCAUACUGAAUCUCCCUCAGAAACGAGUAAGCCACACAGUAAGUCGAAGAAGAGACAUUUAGACCAGGAGCAACACCUGAAAUCUGCACAAUCACCAUCAACAAGCAAGGCUCAUACCAGAAAGAGUGGGGCCACUGGUAGUUCCCGGAGUCAGAAAAGAAAGAGGACAGAGAGUUCUUGUAUAAAGAGUGGUUCUGUGUCUGAAUCAACUGGUGCUGAAGAGAGAUCUGCAAAACCUACCAAGCUGGCUUCAAAAUCAGCCGCCUCAGCCAAAGCUGGGUGUAGCACCAUCACUGAUUCUUCUUCUGCCUCUACUUCCUCCUCGUCUUCUGCUGUAGCUUCAGCCUCCACGGUGCCACCAGGUGCCAGGGUGAAACAAGGAAAAGACCAGAACAAGUCCAGGCGUUCCCGUUCAGCAUCCAGUCCCAGUCCCAGAAGAAGUAGCAGGGAAAAGGAACAGAGGUCUUCUAAGUCAGAGACAUCAAAACCUGGACCUUCUGGAUUACAGGCCAAAUUAGCAAGUUUAAGAAAAUCUACUAAGAAGCGCAGUGAAUCCCCACCUGCUGAGCUCCCCAGUUUGAGGCGGAGCACACGCCAGAAGACCACGGGCUCCUGUGCUAGUGCCAGUCGGCGGGGCUCUGGCCUGGGCAAAAGAGGAGCUGCUGAAGCUCGUCGGCAGGAGAAAAUGGCAGAUCCUGAAAGCAACCAGGAGACAGUGAAUUCUUCAGCUGCACGGACCGACGAAACUCCCCAAGGAGCUGCAGCCUCUAGUUCUGUUGCAGGGGCUGUGGGCAUGACCACCUCUGGGGAGAGUGAAUCAGAUGAUUCUGAGAUGGGACGAUUACAAGCUUUGUUAGAGGCCAGGGGUCUUCCUCCUCACCUAUUUGGCCCUCUUGGUCCUCGGAUGUCACAACUUUUCCAUAGAACAAUUGGAAGCGGAGCUAGCUCUAAGGCCCAGCAGCUUCUGCAAGGACUGCAAGCAAGUGAUGAAAGUCAGCAACUCCAGGCAGUUAUUGAAAUGUGUCAGUUAUUGGUCAUGGGAAAUGAGGAGACGUUAGGAGGGUUUCCUGUCAAGAGUGUCGUUCCAGCUUUGAUAACAUUACUGCAGAUGGAGCAUAAUUUUGAUAUUAUGAACCAUGCUUGUCGAGCCUUAACAUACAUGAUGGAAGCACUUCCUCGAUCAUCUGCUGUUGUAGUAGACGCAAUUCCUGUCUUUUUAGAAAAGCUGCAAGUUAUUCAGUGUAUUGAUGUGGCAGAGCAGGCCUUGACGGCCUUGGAGAUGUUAUCACGUAGACACAGUAAAGCCAUUCUACAGGCGGGUGGUUUGGCAGACUGCUUGCUGUAUCUAGAGUUCUUCAGCAUAAAUGCGCAAAGAAAUGCACUAGCGAUUGCAGCCAAUUGCUGUCAGAGUAUCACGCCAGAUGAAUUUCACUUUGUGGCAGAUUCCCUCCCGUUGCUUACCCAAAGGCUAACCCAUCAGGAUAAAAAAUCAGUAGAAAGCACUUGCCUUUGUUUUGCACGUCUAGUGGACAACUUCCAACAUGAAGAGAAUUUACUCCAACAGGUUGCCUCCAAAGAUCUGCUUACAAAUGUUCAACAGCUGUUGGUAGUGACGCCACCAAUACUGAGUUCUGGAAUGUUUAUAAUGGUGGUUCGCAUGUUUUCUCUGAUGUGUUCCAAUUGUCCAACUUUAGCUGUUCAACUUAUGAAGCAAAACAUUGCAGAAACGCUUCACUUCCUCCUGUGUGGUGCCUCCAAUGGAAGUUGCCAGGAACAGAUUGACCUUGUUCCACGAAGUCCUCAAGAACUGUAUGAAUUGACAUCUCUGAUUUGCGAGCUUAUGCCAUGUUUACCAAAAGAGGGCAUUUUUGCAGUUGAUACCAUGCUGAAGAAGGGAAAUGCACAGAACACAGAUGGUGCGAUAUGGCAGUGGCGUGACGACCGUGGCCUUUGGCAUCCCUAUAACAGGAUCGACAGCCGGAUCAUUGAGGCAGCCCAUCAGGUCGGUGAGGAUGAGAUAAGCUUGUCCACUCUGGGACGAGUUUAUACUAUUGAUUUUAAUUCUAUGCAGCAAAUCAAUGAGGACACGGGAACAGCACGUGCCAUUCAGAGAAAACCUAACCCCUUAGCCAAUACUAACACUAGUGGAUAUUCAGAGUUAAAGAAGGAUGAUGCUCGAGCACAGCUUAUGAAAGAGGAUCCGGAACUGGCUAAGUCUUUCAUUAAGACAUUGUUUGGCGUUCUUUAUGAAGUGUAUAGCUCCUCAGCAGGGCCUGCGGUCAGACAUAAGUGCCUUAGAGCAAUCCUUAGGAUAAUUUAUUUUGCCGAUGCCGAACUUCUGAAGGACGUCCUGAAAAACCAUGCUGUUUCAAGUCACAUUGCUUCCAUGCUAUCAAGCCAAGACUUGAAGAUAGUAGUUGGAGCACUUCAGAUGGCAGAAAUCUUAAUGCAGAAGUUACCUGAUAUUUUUAGUGUUUACUUCCGAAGAGAAGGUGUAAUGCAUCAAGUAAAACACUUAGCAGAAUCCGAGUCUUUGUUGACAAGUCCACCAAAGGCAUGUACGAAUGGGUCAGGAUCCUUGGGGUCCACAACGUCUGUCAAUAGUGGAACAGCCACAGCUGCCACUAAUGCCUCGGCUGACUUGGGAUCCCCCAGCUUGCAGCACAGCAGAGAUGAUUCCUUAGAUCUGAGCCCUCAAGGUCGGUUAAGUGAUGUUCUAAAGAGAAAACGACUGCCAAAACGAGGGCCAAGAAGGCCAAAGUAUUCACCUCCAAGAGAUGAUGACAAAGUAGACAAUCAAGCUAAAAGCCCCACCACUACUCAGUCACCUAAAUCUUCUUUCCUGGCAAGCUUGAAUCCCAAAACAUGGGGAAGGCUGAGUGCGCAGUCCAAUAGCAACAACAUUGAACCGGCACGAACCGCAGGAGUCAGUGGUCUUGCCAGGGCUGCCUCCAAGGACACCAUCUCCAAUAACAGAGAAAAAAUUAAAGGUUGGAUUAAGGAGCAGGCACAUAAAUUCGUCGAGCGUUAUUUCAGUUCUGAGAACAUGGACGGAAGCAACCCUGCGCUGAAUGUCCUUCAGAGACUUUGUGCUGCAACUGAACAACUCAACCUCCAGGUGGAUGGUGGAGCUGAGUGCCUUGUAGAAAUCCGUAGCAUAGUCUCAGAGUCAGAUGUUUCAUCAUUUGAAAUCCAGCAUAGUGGAUUUGUGAAGCAGCUGUUGCUUUAUUUGACAUCUAAAAGUGAAAAGGAUGCUGUGAGCAGAGAGAUCAGAUUAAAGAGAUUCCUUCAUGUAUUUUUUUCUUCUCCACUUCCUGGAGAAGAGCCCAUUGGAAGAGUGGAACCAGUGGGUAAUGCACCUUUGUUGGCGUUAGUUCACAAGAUGAACAACUGCCUCAGCCAAAUGGAACAAUUUCCAGUCAAAGUGCAUGACUUCCCCAGUGGAAAUGGGACAGGAGGCAGAGGAUCACAGGCUUUAAAAUUUUUCAACACACAUCAGUUAAAAUGCCAGUUACAAAGACAUCCAGACUGUGCAAAUGUGAAGCAGUGGAAGGGAGGACCUGUCAAGAUUGAUCCUUUAGCUUUGGUACAAGCUAUUGAGAGAUACCUUGUGGUUAGAGGGUAUGGAAGAGUGAGAGAAGAUGAUGAAGACAGUGAUGAUGAUGGCUCUGAUGAGGAAAUCGACGAGUCUCUGGCUGCUCAGUUCUUAAAUUCAGGAAAUGUAAGACACAGGCUGCAGUUUUACAUCGGAGAACAUUUGCUGCCAUAUAACAUGACUGUGUACCAGGCAGUGCGACAGUUCAGUAUACAGGCUGAAGAUGAAAGGGAGUCCACAGAUGAUGAGAGCAAUCCUCUAGGAAGAGCUGGUAUUUGGACGAAGACUCAUACAAUAUGGUACAAACCAGUGAGAGAGGAUGAAGAAAGUAGUAAAGAUUGUGUUGGUGGUAAAAGAGGAAGAGCCCAAACAGCUCCAACAAAAACUUCUCCUAGAAAUGCAAAAAAGCACGAUGAGUUAUGGCACGAUGGAGUGUGUCCCUCAGUAUCAAAUCCUUUAGAGGUUUACCUCAUACCUACACCACCGGAAAAUAUAACUUUUGAAGACCCAUCAUUAGAUGUGAUUCUUCUUUUAAGAGUUUUGCAUGCCAUCAGUCGAUACUGGUAUUACUUGUAUGAUAAUGCAGUGUGCAAGGAGAUUAUUCCAACUGGUGAAUUUAUUAACAGUAAGUUGACAGCAAAAGCAAAUAGGCAGCUUCAAGAUCCGUUAGUAAUCAUGACAGGAAACAUCCCAACGUGGCUUACUGAGCUGGGAAAAACCUGCCCAUUUUUCUUCCCUUUUGAUACCCGGCAAAUGCUUUUCUAUGUAACUGCAUUUGAUCGGGACCGAGCAAUGCAAAGGUUACUUGAUACCAACCCAGAAAUCAACCAGUCUGAUUCUCAAGAUAGCAGAGUUGCACCUAGAUUGGAUAGAAAAAAACGUACUGUGAACAGAGAGGAGCUGCUCAAACAAGCGGAGUCUGUGAUGCAGGAUCUUGGCAGCUCUCGGGCCAUGUUAGAAAUCCAGUAUGAAAAUGAGGUUGGUACAGGUCUUGGGCCUACACUGGAGUUUUAUGCACUUGUAUCUCAGGAACUACAGAGAGCUGACUUGGGUCUCUGGAGAGGAGAAGAAGUAACUCUUAGCAAUCCAAAAGGAAGCCAAGAAGGGACCAAGUAUAUUCAAAACCUCCAGGGCCUGUUUGCGCUUCCCUUUGGUAGAACAGCCAAGCCAGCUCAUAUCGCAAAGGUUAAGAUGAAGUUUCGCUUCUUAGGAAAAUUAAUGGCUAAGGCUAUCAUGGAUUUCCGAUUGGUGGAUCUCCCCCUUGGCUUACCCUUUUAUAAGUGGAUGCUACGGCAAGAAACUUCACUAACAUCGCACGAUUUGUUUGACAUUGACCCAAUUGUGGCCAGAUCAGUGUAUCACUUAGAAGACAUUGUCAGACAGAAGAAGAGACUUGAACAAGAUAAAUCUCAGACCAAAGAGAGUCUACAGUAUGCAUUAGAAACCCUGACUAUGAAUGGCUGCUCAGUUGAAGAUCUAGGAUUGGAUUUCACUCUGCCAGGGUUUCCCAACAUCGAACUGAAGAAAGGAGGAAAAGAUAUCCCAGUCACGAUCCACAAUUUAGAGGAGUAUCUAAGACUGGUUAUAUUCUGGGCACUAAAUGAAGGUGUUUCCAGGCAAUUUGAUUCUUUCUCUUUCAGAGAUGGAUUUGAAUCUGUCUUCCCACUCAGUCAUCUUCAGUACUUCUACCCAGAAGAACUGGAUCAGCUCCUAUGUGGCAGUAAAGCAGACACCUGGGAUGCAAAGACACUGAUGGAAUGCUGCAGGCCAGAUCACGGUUAUACUCACGAUAGGCAAGUACCCAGAGCUGCCAGUUUCUCCGUUUGUAGGUUUUGAAUUUGGUGGUGGUGG